CUCCCUUCUCCCCCACUCUACCCAAAUAAAUCCAGAGCAGCCAUGUCCAUUACUCUCAAGAGCUUGGUUCAAAACUCGAAGCUUCUCAGCGGAUUCUUGACCCCAGUGUCCAAGAUCUACGCCAAUGCUGCUGCCUACAGACAAAUCGGUUUGCGUUAUGACGAUUUGCUUGCCGAAGAAAGUGAUGUUGUUCAGGAAGCUAUCCGUCGUCUCGAGAAAGCCGAACCUCGUGAGGCCUACGACCGCGCUUAUCGUAUUCGCGUCGCUCAGCAGUGCUCGUUGACCCAAUCGCUUUUGCCCAAGGACCAGUGGGUUACCCCAGAGAAUGACAAGCGAUACCUCCGGCCCUACAUUGACGAAGUUGCUGCCGAAUUUGCUGAACGUGAUGCUUUCGAUAACAUCAAGGUCGCCCCUCGCCACUAGAGACCUUUCCAUCCAGCACUCUCUCAUAACUCUAAAAAAGAAACAUGUAAUACGACCCAACAAAGUACAAAAUAAAGCAUAAAUCACCGUUUUUGUCUUGUCGGCUUAGACAUUUCACGGUCUUGUUCAUACAGAGUUCGGGCAUGAAAUAAGCCGACCAAGCGUGCCUCUAUAUAUUUGACUAUUAUGUAAAACGAUAUAUUACAA